UUCGUUCCAUUCGGAGAACUACACAUCCCGAGAAGCUGUUCGGCGAAGCACCAAUCAGGCGCCGGCUUCUCAUACGGGGAUUUUAUUUAUUUGGCGUGUGUUACCAGCAUUUGCGCAUCAAACACGGGUCACAAUGCUCUCAACAGUGAUAAUGAGGACGCUCCUGCGUGGUGUUCGGUCUCCCCCGCGUUCAGCUGUUCCGGUAUCGGUGCUGAGUCGGUCUUACCGCGGUGACACGCCAGAGGUGGAGCAGGUGACGAUCCCACUGCCUCCGUGGGAGGAGAAGCAAAACGAGUCGCUGGACAUCAAGCGGAAACGCCUGCUGUACGAGAGCAGGAAGAGAGGCAUGCUGGAGAACUGCAUCCUGCUCAGUCUUUUCGCUAAGCGCUACCUGGAGAACAUGAGCGCAUCCCAGCUGCGCCAGUACGACCGCCUCAUCAACGAGCCGAGUAACGACUGGGACAUCUACUACUGGGCAACGGAAGUGAAACCUACCCCAGAUGUCUAUCAGGGAGAAGUGAUGGACCUGCUGAAGGAGUUCACCAAGAACAGAGAGAUGGAGCAGAGACUGGACGCCCCAAACCUGGAGUACCUGGAUAAAAGCAGCAAGUGAGGUCUCGGUGCUGUGGAUCAGGACGAAGCGGAAGGUGGAAGAGACUUUAAGUACGUGAGACUGAGCUGUUGUGUGACGCGAUCGAACAGAAGAGAGGGUCAUUGGUGAAUGAGCUGCUUGGUGGGACUCCUUAUGGGGGGAGUGAGAGAUGUAUUGAUUGUAUUUAAACCUGUACAGUGAUUUGUCUUAUUAAAGAUGAUGAGGAUGAGGA